CCUGAAAGCCGGAGCCGGGGAAGGCGGCGGCGGCGGAGGUCGCCUCGGCCACGGGCGGGCGCGCUUUGACAGCGGCGGGGUUUCCAACGGAGACUGCAGCCUCGGCGUGUCCGGGGACGAAGCCCGGGCCAGCCCCGCCAAGGGACCCCUCGCCGCUGCGCUCGCCGCGACUCCCAGCCCGGCCGCCUGUUCCCUCCCCCGGGAGAGCAAAACGGGCGGCCUGCCCCGCCGGAGCAGCAUCAUCAAGGAUGGCACCAAACAGAAAAGAGAACGGAAGAAGACCGUCUCCUUCAGCAGCAUGCCGACGGAGAAGAAGAUCAGCAGCGCAAGCGACUGUAUCAACUCCAUGGUUGAGGGCUCAGAACUCAGAAAGGUUCGCUCCAACUCUAGAAUUUACCAUAGGUAUUUUUUACUGGACGCUGACAUGCAGAGUCUGAGGUGGGAACCGUCGAAGAAGGAUUCUGAGAAAGCCAAGAUUGACAUCAAGUCCAUCAAGGAAGUGAGAACGGGGAAGAACACAGACAUAUUCCGCAGCAACGGCAUCUCUGACCAGAUCUCCGAAGACUGUGCCUUCUCCGUCAUCUAUGGGGAGAAUUACGAGUCCCUCGAUCUGGUCGCCCUCUCGGCUGAUGUGGCGAACAUCUGGGUAACGGGACUGCGGUACCUCAUUUCUUAUGGAAAACACACACUUGACAUGUUAGAAAGUAGCCAAGACAACAUGAGGACUUCUUGGGUGUCACAGAUGUUUGGUGAAAUUGAUGUAGAUAACCUGGGACAUAUCACUCUGUGCAACGCUGUGCAGUGUAUCAGAAACCUCAAUCCUGGUUUAAAAAUUAGCAAAAUUGAGCUUAAGUUCAAAGAAUUGCACAAAUCCAAGGACAAAGGUGGCGCUGAAGUCACAAAGGAAGAGUUCGUGGAGGUUUUCCAUGAGCUUUGUACUAGGCCUGAAAUUUAUUUCCUUUUAGUUCAGUUUUCCAGCAAUAAAGAAUUCCUUGACACCAAGGACCUUAUGAUGUUCCUGGAGGCAGAGCAAGGGGUGGCGCAUAUCAAUGAGGAAAUAAGCCUUGAAAUCAUUCACAAAUACGAGCCGUCCAAAGAGGGCCACGAGAAGGGCUGGCUCUCCAUCGACGGCUUCACGAAUUACCUGAUGUCUCCCGACUGCUACCUGUUUGACCCGGAACAUAAGAAGGUCUGUCAGGACAUGAAGCAGCCCUUGUCUCAUUACUUUAUAAACUCAUCUCAUAACACGUACUUAAUAGAGGACCAGUUCCGAGGACCCUCUGAUAUCACAGGGUACAUCCGGGCUCUUAAGAUGGGCUGCCGGAGCGUGGAGUUAGAUGUCUGGGACGGGCCGGACAACGAGCCCGUGAUCUACACAGGCCACACGAUGACCUCCCAGAUUGUGUUCCGCAGCGUCAUUGACAUCAUCAACAAGUACGCCUUCUUUGCCUCCGAGUACCCUCUCAUCUUGUGUCUAGAAAACCACUGUUCUAUUAAGCAACAGAAGGCCAUGGUCCAACACAUGAAGAAGAUUCUGGGAGACAAGCUGUACACCACAUCUCCCAACGUGGAGGAGUCCUACCUGCCCUCCCCAGAUGUCCUGAAAGGGAAGAUCCUCAUCAAAGCCAAGAAGCUGUCCUCCAGCUGUUCUGGGGUCGAAGGGGACGUGACGGACGAAGACGAGGGCGCGGAGAUGUCCCAGAGGGUGGGGAAGGAGACCGUGGAGCAAGCCAACAACGUGCCCGUGAAGCGGUUCCAGCUCUGCAAGGAACUGUCCGAGCUGGUCAGCAUCUGCAAGUCGGUCCAGUUCAAGGAGUUCCAGGUGUCGUUUCAGGUGCAGAAGUACUGGGAGGUCUGCUCCUUUAACGAAGUGCUGGCCAGCAAGUAUGCCAACGAAAACCCAGGGGACUUUGUCAAUUACAACAAACGCUUUCUGGCCAGGGUCUUCCCGAGUCCCAUGAGAAUUGAUUCCAGCAACAUGAACCCCCAAGAUUUUUGGAAAUGUGGUUGUCAGAUCGUAGCCAUGAACUUCCAGACGCCGGGACUGAUGAUGGACCUGAAUGUCGGCUGGUUCAAGCAGAACGGCAACUGCGGCUACGUCCUGCGGCCAGCCAUCAUGAGGGAGGAGGUCUCCUUCUUCAGCGCCAACACCAAGGACUCGGUCCCCGGCGUCUCCCCGCAGCUCCUGCACAUUAAGAUCAUCAGCGGGCAGAACUUCCCCAAACCCAAAGGAUCCGGUGCCAAAGGCGACGUGGUGGACCCCUAUGUCUACGUUGAAAUCCACGGCAUCCCCGCCGACUGUGCGGAGCAGAGGACGAAGACGGUGCACCAGAACGGAGACGCGCCCAUCUUCGACGAGAGCUUCGAGUUCCAGAUCAACCUGCCGGAGCUGGCCAUGGUGCGCUUCGUGGUGCUGGACGACGACUACAUCGGGGACGAAUUCAUCGGCCAGUACACCAUCCCCUUUGAGUGUUUACAGACCGGCUACCGCCACGUGCCCCUGCAGUCGCUGACCGGGGAGGUCCUCGCCCACGCGUCUCUGUUCGUCCACGUGGCCAUCACUAACCGAAGAGGGGGAGGGAAGCCCCAUAAAAGGGGCCUCUCGGUGAGAAAAGGGAAGAAAUCCAGGGAGUAUGCGUCUUUGAGAACGCUGUGGAUUAAAACCGUGGACGAGGUGUUCAAGAACGCCCAGCCCCCCAUCCGGGACGCCACCGACCUGCGAGAGAACAUGCAGAAUGCAGUGGUGUCCUUCAAGGAGCUGUGUGGCCUCUCCUCUGUGGCCAACCUCAUGCAGUGCAUGCUGGCUGUGUCUCCCCGCUUUCUGGGACCUGACAGCACACCACUGGUGGUCCUGAACCUCAGUGAGCAGUACCCCACCAUGGAGCUGCAGGGAAUCGUGCCCGAGGUUCUUAAGAAGAUCGUGACGACUUACGACACGAUGCUCCAGUCCCUCAAGGCGCUGAUCGAAAACGCAGACGCCGUGUACGAAAAGAUCGUCCAUUGUCAGAAGGCGGCCAUGGAAUUCCAUGAACACUUGCACAGCAUAGGCACCAAGGAAGGUUUGAAGGAAAGAAAACUACAAAAAGCAGUGGAGAGCUUUACCUGGAACAUCACCAUCUUAAAGGGACAAGCAGAUCUUUUGAAAUAUGCUAAAAAUGAGACUCUGGAGAAUCUAAAACAAAUCCACUACGCUGCUGUUUCAUGUGGGCUAAAUAAGCCAGGUACAGAAAACACCGACGUUCAGAAGCCACGCAGGAGCCUGGAAGCCAUCCCUGAGAAAGCAAAUGAUGAAACUGGAGAAUGAGAGAACUUUCUAGAAAUCACUUUGGAGUUUAUAACUCUAGGACCAACUGUAGUCAAAUGGGACAUUUGCUUUGCACCCACUAAUUAAAAUAAUAUUUGGGAUUUAAAGCACAACUGGAAUAGCUAAUUACUGUCUAUUAAAGCUGUGAAUGUUUGUAGCAAUCUGCGUGUGAAGGCAAAUAAACUCUUUAACAAGAAAUUAUAUUCCUGGCCAAGAUACACUAUUUGUAUACAAGGACAUCGUAGGUCAGUUCAGUGUGAACCCGACUUUUCUCUCUAGUUCCCUUGAGAAAGAAAUGUUUUCCCAACGGAAAACAAUUUAAGCUAGAAAUGGAUCAUGUUGUCAAAUUAGUAUUUAUUGGAGAUAACCCAAUCUACACAUUUUUCUUGAGUGUGAGUGCCAGAGCCUCUGGGUUAUAGACGACUCUGAUGGCAUGCCUGCUGAGCCAUAAUUACUGAGGAGAUGUGAGUGGACAGAUUUCCUGGAUCCCCAAGGACCUCGGAGAGCUGUGACGUUCGAGAUGAUGGGACUGAAGCUCCCCGGCCAGAGCUACAUGCUGGGUCUGUUCAGGAGGGAAAAUCAGCCAGUGGAAGGAAGCAACACACUGUAAAUAAGUUUUCAUUGUAUGAAGUAGCGUUCACAUUAAAAAAAUGUUUUAUGAUAUUUCUC